CUACAGUUUAAGAGUCCGAUCGAUGGCUCCUCCCCCUUGUCCAGGCCUUCCUGAGGCCACAGGCCGAAUGUAUUGGUGACCAAGACCUGUCCGAGGUUGGGAGUCUUGAAGAUGAUGGCAUCUUCAUCCCAGUCCAAUGCCCCCUGCUCCUGCGACUGCUUUGUCUCCCUCCCCCCGGCCUCCGCCCUUCCUGCUGUCAUCUUUGCUAAGAACUCAGACCGGCCCCGGGAUGAGGUACAGGAGGUGGUGUUGGUCCCUUCUGGGACUCAUGCCCCAGGGAGCCGGCUCCAGUGCACAUACAUAGAGGUGGAUCAAGUGGAGAGAACUUACUCAGUGAUCCUGAGCCGACCAGCCUGGCUGUGGGGAGCUGAGAUGGGUGCCAAUGAACAUGGCGUCUGCAUUGGCAAUGAAGCUGUAUGGACACAAGAGCCAGUGGGUCAAGAAGAGGCCCUUCUCGGUAUGGACCUGCUCAGGCUAGGAUUAGAACGGGGCAGCUCUUCCCAGGAGGCCUUGAAGGUCAUCACUAGCUUGCUGGAGCAAUAUGGGCAGGGGGGCAGCUGUCGGGAGGACCCCACCCCCUUCUGCUACCACAACACCUUUCUGCUGGCUGACAGAAAAGAAGCCUGGGUGCUGGAAACAGCUGGGAAGCUUUGGGCUGCACAGAGGAUCCAAGAGGGUGCCCGGAAUAUCUCCAAUCAACUGAGCAUCGGCACAGACAUCACCAUGGAACACCCGGAGCUUCGGGCCCAUGCCCAGAAACAGGGCUGGUGGGAUGGGCAAACUCCUUUUGACUUUGCCCAGGUUUUCUCACUGGUGCAUCAACCUGUGCGCAUGGAGGCUGCCAAAGCCCGAUUCCGGGCUGGCCAGGAACUUCUGAAACAGAAUCAAGGUGGCAUCACGGCUAUGACAAUGAUGGGCAUCCUACGGAAUAAGGAGAGUGGCAUCUGUAUGGAUUCUGGAGGCUUCCGAACCACAGCCAGCAUGGUGUCUGUCCUGCCCCAGGACCCCACCCAACCUUGUGUCCAUUUCCUCACUGCCACACCAGACCCCUCCAGAUCAGUAUUCAAACCCUUUGUGUUUGAGGCUGGCGUGGCUCAGGUCCCCCAGGUGUUAUCUCCUAUUUUUGGGGACAAAGAUCCUGUCCGGACUCAUCCACGUUUCCAGACCCAGGUGGAUCGCCGACACCCACUCUACCAGGGGCAUCAGGCAGCCCUGGGGCGGAUGGAGAUUGACCAGGAAUUUGGAUUGCAGCUCCAAAAGAAACAGCAGGAUCUGGAGCAGGAAGGACAGGAGGUUCUGAAGAAGAUAUUGGCUGGGGAAAGGACUCUGUCUUCCCAGUCUUUCCAGCAACUGGCCAGCCUUUUCCAGGCCUUUGUAGAAAAGGAGAGCCAAGCUUAUGACCAACUAUAGCCACUCCAAUGGAGCCUCUUCCUGGAACCCAGACUUCCUUGUUCAUCUGCGGGAGGUUAUGUUUUCUACAAUCACUCUGGACCUUGACCUGACCUAACAGUUCUGACUCAAUAAACUUGUUUUUCUUUUCCCUGUGCAUCGAA